UAAACUACAUUAGCCUAUAUGCAUCCAACGGAAAUACAAAAAUUGAUAAUGAAUUAAGAUUUUCUGCUAUUUCUACGCCACAGUAUAAUUUUUAUAUCGGUAAUUCGUGCGCUGUGAAGCCCUAACAAUACUCUUUAUGAAAACAUUAGCCCUUUCUCGUAUACCAGUGUGCUGCUUCGGAUACAAGUUGAACACGUUGAAAUGAUUUUCGACCAAAGUCCGGUGAAAUUUUACGUAAUUUUUCAAAUUUUUCUCAGCGUAACUUACACAAAUGGAUACAAUUGCAAAACUGCAGCCGAAGAUCCUGUUGCCAAGAACGAAGAAAACCUUAAAUGCUACCUGUUCUCAAUGCUCAAUCAACAUACACGUCCUACAUGGGCCGAUACAAACGCCACCAAAAUCACUAUUCACAGUUGGUAUGCGAAUUUGGAUACUCUAAACGGCAUCUUUGAAUUACGCGGAUUGAUAAAUAUGGAAUGGCUCGAUUACCGACUCACUUGGAAACCAAACAAACACCAUGGCCUAUCCUCUUUGAAUAUUACAGAUGAUCUGAUUUGGAUACCCAAAAUACAAUUCACCAAUAAUCCAGCGUUUGCUUAUGAAGAAUUCCUUGGUCCUGGAAGUACAACUGCGUUAAAUCAUGGAGUAAUAUCGCACGUAGCACCUUUCAAUAUACGAUCCCGGUGUAAAAUCGGAGCAGAGUCUCGAUUAUUCUUGAAUACGCACAAUUGCCAGCUCAACUUCACAAUGAACGUUUUCCAUUCAGAUUUCACAUUUUCAAAUCUUACUUAUUUGGAUAUAACAUCACCAUGGACCAUCACAAAUACCCAAUACACAUAUCUCGAAGAAAAUGAUGAAACAGAAUCACUCUCAGUGAACGUGACAUUAAAAAGGGACAUAUUGUCCACAUGCCUCAAAUUUGCAAGAAAUAACACAGCAGAACAACUCAGAUGUCACUUGUUAACAAAUUAUAAUUCCUCUCAUGCUCCUUGGGGACGUUAUUUUCACAACUCGAAGUUCACAAUUCAUUAUGCUGACGUACAUGCUUCAGGGAUGUUUCAGUUAAUUGGAGAUUUGCAAGUGGAAUGGGAAGAUCCUCAAUUAACCUGGGAACCAAGCAAAUACGGUAAAAUUCGUUCUCUAGAUAUUAAGAAUGAUACUCGUCGAAUAUGGAAACCAUCAUUUGCAUCAAUGAACGGCGCAUUUCCCAACAAUAAACCGUUACUCAGUUCUGGCCAUCUUACUACAGUAUCGUUUCGAGGAGAGGUUACACUCGUGGCGAGAGCUAUCAAUAUACAAGGUACAUGUCACAUCAAAACAGAAAAUAUGCCGUGGGUAGAUCAAGUAUGUUACCUUCAAUAUACAACUGACUUACUCAAUAGACUCGCCCCUCCCGAAAUGGGGAAUGAUUUGACCGAUGUAAUUACUGACAUGGAAUCACCAUGGACGUUCGAUGACCGAUAUACCUGGGGCUAUUGGUCGAAUGAAUACAAGAAUAACAAUUCUUACGCAGUAAAAGCACCCAUUGUACUUCGCCGAAACAUGAGUCAAUAUGAAUCCACACGACGAUGCAUCUUGUUUGCAAACACCUAUGAAGAACAACUCAAAUGCAAUUUAUUAUCGAACGUUAACUCUAGCAGACCUCCUCAGCAAGCGUUUCUCUUAGGUCCAAGAGUAGAUAUGAUGAUAUCCUACACAGAUUUGAAUAUCGAAAACGGAAUAUUCCAAACGAAAGCGGUGCUAGUAAUGAAUUGGAUAGAUGAACGAAUGGUCUGGAACCCGGAAAAAUUUGCAAAUCAGUCUGUUUUAAACGUCGAAGAAGACGCAGUAUGGAAACCAUGUUUCGUAUUGAACAAUGAGGCGUUUCAAGAUUCUCUAAACAACGUAUCGCAUGAUGAAGGUCACUAUGUGAUACAACCAGGGUCACAUGAGCACGAAAACUGGACCUGGACGUCGCAAGAGAAGGUAGACUCAAGAUGCAACACUGGUGGGGGUUACUUGAAAGCAUUUUCAAAUGGCAACAUGUCCUGGACUCCGUCAAUGAAUCUAGAAACAAGAUGCAACAUGACUUCUAAUAGUUGGCCAUGGAAUCCUCAAACGUGCCAACUCAAUUUCACUUUCAAUACUGUAAAUUUGACUUUGAAUUUAUCUCAAACUAUGUUACCUGGAGCCCAAUGGACAAUAACCAAGUUUGCAAGAAAACUUCCGUGCCCCAGCGUUUUCAAAUGCACUUUUGAAAUCACCUUGAAAAUGAAAAGCCGUUCAUUGCAGAUCGUGUUAUGUUUGUUAUUUACAGGUGUCAGUUUAAUAACAUUGUCGUCAUUUUUGAUAUCGCCUACGAAUAGGAUCAAACUGGCUUCAAAAAUAUCAUCUCUGCUACUUCUCGCAAUUUUUCUUGUAAUAUUGAUGAAUUCAAUUCCUCAUUUCAUCACAUGUGCUCGUAAUUUCUUGAUCGGAUUCAUUGAGCUAUUAUUAAUAGUGGGAAUAUCCGCCAGUGCCACUGCCCACUAUGUCCGAUUGGCAAGAAAAUCAAUUUCAUAUAAUGCACUGCUGAACAUGAAAUUCUCAUGUCCCAAAGAAAAUGAAUACGAAAAUGACACAAUGAAAACAGAACUAAUAGAAGCCAUAACGCCUGCGGAUGUCGAAUCCUCGAAUAAGUCUCAAAAUAAAUGGUUGAAAAUAGCAAUGAUCAUUGAAUAUUCGUCGUUUACGAUUUGUUCGAUUAUUGUUGUGCUUCUUAUGAUAAGUUUGAUGAAUUGAAAUAAUGUUUAAAUUUCGAGUCGAUUUUAUUGUCAUUAUCAAAAAGUACAAAUAUACCUAUA